GAAGAAGAAGAAGACGCUGAUGUUUGGAUACAGGAAGCUUGUAGUAGAGAGCGAGGCCGGACCGAGGCAAGCCUCGCCCAGCAGAACUGCGCGUGAGGAAACAGCAGUUUAAAGAUGAAUACUUCAAUAGGCCUGGAGUUACUCAUCCUAUGCCUUUUCGCUUUGCAUAAUUAUUGAGGAAAUCACCCUAAUAUAUAAUACCUUGCCACAUCCUCUGUGCGUUUAAGACGUUGAAAGGAUCCUUAUGUCCAUAUCUGGAAAACCUAGAGAUGGCUUACAAUGACUCUGAUAAGUCCAGCCUCGAUGAUGUCUGCUGUAAUGACCAAUACCCCAGCUGUGCAGCAGCCAUGGACAAAGACAGGGAUUCGUAUCUGAGCCCGACAGAGAACCCCUCCACCAUUAGUGUCUCUGCUAGUAUCCCCCCAGACCAGCAAGGCUAUGAUGUGGAGUUUGACCCUCCGCUAGAGAGCAAGUAUGAGUGCCCUAUCUGUCUGAUGGGUCUUCGCUCCGCAGUACAGACACCAUGUGGACAUCGAUUCUGCAACUCAUGCAUCAAGAAGUCCAUCAGGGACACAGGGCAAAAAUGUCCAGUUGACAAUGAGGUGCUGCUUGAGGAACAGCUCUUCCCUGAUAACUUUGCCAAACGAGAGAUCCUCUCACUUACUGUCCGAUGUCCUAAUGUAGGAUGCUGUGAUAAAAUGGAGUUGCGCCAACUGGAGAAACACUUGUCUCAGUGUAAGUUUGCCACAGUGCCAUGCCCUCAGUGUCUGGAGUCUGUUCGUAAGAGCCAUCUGGAUGAACACAAGAGCCAGCAGUGUUUACAGCGCCUUAUGACCUGCCCUGCCUGUGCAGGGAGCUUUGUGUAUGCUGACAAACAGAUUCAUGAACGGAUUUGUCCUUUCGCCAGUACAGUGUGUGAAUAUUGCGACAUGGAGCUUAUUCGGGAUCAGUUGGCAUUGCACUGUGACACAGACUGUCUUAAAGCUCCUGUAGCCUGUACUUUCAGCACUUUUGGUUGUCGUGAAAAGAUGCCAAGAAAUGAACUGGCCCAGCACAUGCAGGAAUUUACACAGAUGCACAUGCGUUACAUGGCUGAGUUCCUGCGCAGCCAGACACUCAGUAGCUGCCCAGUGCCAUCAAUUGCUGCCCACUCUUCGUCAGACGAACGUGGAGCAACUGCCCGAGCCCCAGAUUCUUGCCAGUGUAGACAGGAGCUGAUGAAUCUGCGUGAGACGGUCUUGGAGCUGGAGGGUCGGCUGGUUCGUCAAGAUCAACAGAUCCGGGAGCUGUGCAUCCACAAUGAGACACAGAAAAACCAGGGCACAGAGCUACGCCGAAAGCUGAGCUCACUGGAGGAGGCCACCCGAGAGCUGGAAGCCCAGCAGUAUCAAGGCGUCUACGUAUGGCGUUUGGAGAACUUCUCACUUCACCUGCGCAACCAAGAGGCCGGUCAACCCAUUGUCCUCCACAGCCCACCUUUCUACACUGGCCGGCCGGGGUACAAACUCUGCCUACGACUGCAUCUGCAAACUCCCAGUGCCCCUCGCUGUUCCAACUACAUCUCACUUUUUGUGCACACUAUGCAGGGUGAGUUUGACAGCCAGCUCUCUUGGCCCUUGCAGGGCAUGAUCCGACUGGCAGUGUUGGACCAGGUUGAGGGGCAGCAUCAUGUGGAAGUGAUGGAGACCAAGCCGGACCUGCAGGCCUUCCAGAGGCCCACUGUCCUGCGCAACCCCAAGGGUUUUGGCUACGUUACUUUCCUGCACCUACAGGCGUUGCAGCAGCGUGGGUUUGUGAAAGACGACGUGCUGUUGGUGCGCUGCGAGGUGACACCACGAUUUGAUGCUAGCCUCAGGAGGGAAGGGGUCCAACCUCGGGGGUCAGAACCUUCACUUUGAGUUCCUACAUUGCUCUUGUACUCUUAAGUUCUCAUAGACACUUUGCUGAAACAAGGAAGAUGUGGCAAAACCUGGACUUUCUUAGGGUGCGUUCACACUUGUAGUUCGGUUCUCUUGGUUCGUUUGGUCUGGACCAAAAAAGAAAACG